AUGGCCGCUCCAAUAACGCUGCUCAGCUCGAAAUCUGCCGUACGCGGCUGUAUCCGCACGUUCACCCGAUCAUCCACGUCGCUCAACGCAUCUCAACCCGCCCCCUCCUCGACCUCCACCACCAGUUCCAAUCCACACGCUUCGCGUGUUGCCGCUGCUGCUGCUUCUUCUUCUUCUUCGUCAUCCUCGUCUUCGUCAUCCUCGUCUUCAGGAAAAUACAACCGAGCUCGACUGGCGAAAAUUCAGGCUCAGCGACUGGAAGAGCUGAGUCGAUCGCGAGGUUCGUCGUUCGGCUCGGGCGGGCGAGCGACGAAGCCGGAACAGAAAUGGUCGAGCCGCACGAUGAUUGCGCUCGCAACGUCGGUGGGAGCAUGCACGUAUCUGAUGGGCACAUAUCACGGGUACAAUUCUGGCAAAGCGCAUGUGGUGGAAGAGCAGCUCAAGCACGAGCAGGCGGUGGUGAUUCCAAGCGUAUCGUCAAGUCCCGUCGCUAUCAGAAGCGCGACAGCUGCUGUGCCGAAACUGCAACCCGAUGGCGUCAACUGGUGGUCGCACUUGCUUCCAUCUAUAAUUCCCCUCCUCGCUUCAUUUUGCAACCCAAUUCACUGCGACUCAAAUACCAGAUGUAGACUCGUCGAACUCACCCAAUACCAUUGCGACCUCCAAAAAAAUCGCGUCCUCUGCCAACCCAUCGAUCGCAUCUUCCGCAUGGGAGCGAUGCCACCCUCAUCUCACUGGCACGAAUUGCGGUCGCCCGAGCUAUAA